UAAUUAUGAACACCAAGAAGAAAUGGACGAAGACGAUGAUAUACCCAAGGAUAAUAAUGACCCUUCUAUUGAAAUAACAAAUGUAGAACCUGAUAAAACUGAUAAACUUCUUAACGUAGUUGAGAAUAUUGGACAGUGA